CCGCCUCAAAGAAAAGUAUAGAUUCUCUCCGAAAAUAUCAACGGCGCAGGAAGAGCUCAAGAAGAAGAAAUGUCCGCCGCCCAAGCUCUGCCGCCGGAGUGACGACCAGCCCCGCCUCGGAUCCUCCCCGCCGCCCCGCCGGAUCGAGCAAUGGACGCCGACGCCGCCGCCGCCAACAACCGCCGCCGCCGCCGCUGCCCGUCCUCCGCCAAGGCCAACCCCUCCACCGUCACCACCGCCACCACCGCGCGCGCCGGCGACUCGCUGAAGGGCUCCCCCGUGGACGUCGAGGACGAGGAGGCCCUCGAGUGCGACCCCGAGGUGUGGGAGAUGUUCAACAAGAACUUCCGGCAGGUGCAGACCGUGCUCGACCGGAACCGCUCGCUGAUCCGGCAGGUGAACGACAACCACCAGUCGAAGAGCGCCAACAACAUGGUCAAGAACGUGGCCCUGAUCCACGAGAUCAAUCAGAACAUAUCGAAGGUGGUGUCGCUCUACUCCGAUCUCUCCACGGAUUUCUCCUCCGCUUUCCACCAGCGAGAGACGAGCGGCACCGGUUCCGCGUCCAAAGGAAGCAGCCCCGAAUCGUGACCCCUAUCGAGAACCCCUUCUAUAGGAUUGGGAAUUUUUUCUGCAGGAGUGAAGGUCGGUGCUUAGCUAAUGAGUCUUUUGAGCGUCCUGGGAAUAAAAAUCGUAACUUGCUUCGUGUUCGAGUCCGAGUCUGAGUCAAUCGUUCCGUCUCGUCCCUCUCGUCUUGUCGUCAGUGAUGUAGAAGAACUCUGCUAUGCUCGUUCUGGGCUGUGUUGUGGUUCUGCUUUGUAACUGCUGUUUCUAGUAACUGUGAACUCGAAAAUGAUGAUGACGAAAAUUGCUGCACUACGAACCCAGAAUUUUAACAAGAUGCAGGGAUCA